AUGGCCCUGCGCAGUGCUCGGGGCCAGGACUGCCCAGGGCUGACGACGGGACCCGGGCACUCCCGCUCCUGGCCGGGGCCCGUGUCCUUGGCUCCUACCCGCACACGCGCCCGAGCACCCGGCCCCCGGCCCCGCGCCCGCCGGCACCCCCGCCUGGGUCCCUCGGUGGGCCGAGCUGGGGCUGCUCCAGCGCCCGAGACCACACACGCGGCCCGCACGGCCCAGAGCCACCGCCACGCCGCAGCCCCCGCCUGGACCCCGGCCUGGACCCCGCCUGGACCCCGCCUGGACCCCGGCCUGGACCCCGCCUGGACCCCGCCUGGACCCCGGCCUGGACCCCGCCUGGACCCCGCCUGGACCCCGGCCUGGACCCGGGCCUGGACCCCGCCUGGACCCCUCCUGGACCCCGGCCUGGACCCCGCCUGGACCCCGGCCUGGACCCCGCCUGGACCCCGCCUGGACCCCGGCCUGGACCCCGCCUGGACCCCGCCUGGACCCCGGCCUGGACCCCGGCCUGGACCCCGCCUGGACCCCGGCCUGGACCCCGGCCUGGACCCCGCCUGGACCCCGCCUGGACCCCGCCUGGACCCCGGCCUGGACCCCGCCUGGACCCCGGCCUGGACCCCGCCUGGACCCCGCCUGGACCCGGCCUGGACCCCGGCCUGGACCCCGCCUGGACCCCGCCUGGACCCCGGCCUGGACCCCGCCUGGACCCCGGUCUGGACCCCGCCUGGACCCGGGCCUGGACCCCGCCUGGACCCCGGCCGGGCGCGAUGCUCAUGA